AUGUUAAUUUUUAGUGUAUCAUCAGUUAAACCUGAUCUGGUUUUUCUACUAUAUAAGCUGAUUUUUUGUCUUAGUAAAUCAUUCAGUUUUGUUUUGCUUAGCUGGAACAAUCCUACAAUGAGAACCUUCUUGUGCAUUGCCCUUUUCGCCUUGGUGGCCCUUUCCGCCGCUAAAAAAACUCAAGAACCCAAAAAACGUGAAAUUCUUGGUUUGGGCGGUCUCUACCAAGGUGGAUACUCCUCCCUUUCCGGAAUUAAUGGCAUUGUAGGAGGUGUCGACACUCUUGGUUUGGGUAGCUUAGGUUACUCUUCUGGACUUUCUGGACUUGGUUACUCUUCCGGACUUGGAUACUCAUCUGGACUUGUAUCUGGAGGUUUGGUAUCUAGCGCCCCAGUCGUAUCCAGCGGACUCGUAUCUGAUGGACAAGUAUCCAGUGGACUCGUAUCCGGUGGACUCGUAUCCGGUGGACUCGUAUCCGAUGGACUCGUAUCCAACGGACUUUCAUCCGGACUCGUUUCCGGUGAUGCCGCUCUUUUGUCCAGUGGUCUUUCCGGUGGAAUCGUAUCUUCUGCUCCAGUAGUAUCUACCGGAUUCGCUGCCGCUCCAGUUGUAUCCGCUGCCCCAGUAGGUGUCACCACCCACGUAAGAAAACUUACCCAACAAGUACCAGUACCAGUAAACCAACCCUACCCAGUCACCAUCACACGUACCGUCCAAGUACCACAACCCGUCCACGUUCAAGUAACCAAGACUGUCCCAGUCCCAGUUGAACAACGUGUAGCCGUCGAUGUACCAAGGCCAUACGCCGUCAAAGUACCACACGCAGUCCCAGUAGCCGUCCGUGUAAACUACCCAGUCGAAGUACCAGCCCCAUACCCAGUCGUACAAGAAAGGAGAAUCGAAGUACCAGUAGAAAAACCAAUCAUCGUUAAAGUACCACACCACGUACCAUACCCAGUAGCCAAACCAUACGCCGUCAACGUACCAACCCCAGUUUACACCAGAGUACCACAACAAAUCGCCGUAAGAGUACCACAAAUCGUCAACCACGGAACCACCGCCACCCACAGCCAAUCCGGCAGCUUGAACUUGGCUCCAGCCGUCAGCUUACACAACACCGGAAUCGCUCACGGAGUGUCCUCUUUGGGUUACGGAUACGGAUCUGCCAUCGGAUCCGGAAUCGCCUACGACUCUGGUUUGUCCACCUUGGGAAUCGGCUCCUUCGGCGCUGGUAUCCCAGUCACCUCUGGAAUCUCCACCAUCGGUCAUGGAUCUGGAAUUGCUUCCGGCUCCAUCAUUAACUCAGGUUUGUCCGGAAUUCACUCCGGUGCCAUCCUAGACGGUGGUGUAUCCGCCAUAUCCUCUGGAAUUGGAGCUGGUCAUAUUGUAGACUCUGGUGUAUCCACUAUUGGAUCCGGAAUCGCCCUUGACUCUGGUAUCUCUGGAAUCUCCGGAAUCUCUGGAGUUUCUGGAAUCUCCGGAAUCAACACUGGAUACUUUGGAUCAGCCGUCGAAUCCGGUGUAUCCGGUCUAGCUCUCGACUCCGGAAUCACCACCGGAGCUGACACCGUUGCUGUAGAAAACUUGAGUUUAAACAGAUUUGCCCGCAACACCUCCACUAAGAAAAACUAA